AUGUUCAUCCUGAUCGCAUCAAUCAUUUUUUGCGGUCUUCCUUUAAUUUUGCUCUACGUUCAUCUCAAAUGGGCAAAAGAAGAUCUCAAACUUGGAAUUCCUGGCCCACCUUGCAUUCCAAUUCUGGGCAACUUGCAUCUUCUCUGGAACUACAUCAAAGAAGAAAAAUUACACGAGAUAAUACUGGACUUAAUCAAUGAAUAUGGAGAGACGAUACGAGUACGAGUCGGUCCAAAAUUGUUUAUAUUCACUACAGAAGUUAAGUUAGUAGAGGCAAUCGUGAACAAUCCGAAGUUCAUGAAAUCCGACGAUUAUAAAAUUUAUCAACCGUGGCUUGGAGACGGUUUGAUUCUUGCUCACGGUGAAAAAUGGCACAAAAUGCGAAAAUUAUUGACACCAGCGUUUCAUUUUCAAAUUUUGGGAAGAUUUGUUCCGAUUUUUCAAGAGCAAGCGGAGGUUUUUGUUGAAAAAGUGAGGAAUUUGGGACCUGAGGAGAACAUCAAUGUGGCUCCUUGGUUGCAGUCCUUUGCAUUGGAUGUCGUUUCAGAGUCGUCGAUGGGUGUCAAGUUGAAUGCUCAAAAUGAUCCCAAUCGGGAUUUUGUUGUGGCUUCAAAAGAACUUUUGGACACCCUUUGCCUCCGUUUCUAUUACCCGCUGUACAACAUAGACUUCAUAUGGAAACUCACAUCACACUACAAAAAAUGUUGUGAUCGAAUCCGCUUCAUAAAUGGCUUCGUAAAUGACGUGAUCAACCAACGGCGUGAAAAACUGUUGAACGAAAAGUCUCCUGACCCAUCAGAGGAAAAACCUGCAUUACUUGACAUCCUCCUGCAAUCCACAAUUGAUGACUCUCCUCUCUCCAACGAAGCAAUUCGCGACGAAAUGAACACUUUCAUGGUAGCGGGACACGAAACUACCGGAACAACCAUGGGCUUUGUCAUUUUUUUGCUCGCCAAGCAUCAGGAAGUGCAAGAAAAAGUCUUUCUCGAAAUCAAAGAAAAUUCGUUGAACCAAAAAUUAUCAAUUCGUGACAUAAAUUCCUUGAGAUAUCUUGAUUGUGUGAUCAAAGAAACGUUGAGAUUGUAUCCAAUACUGCCGGAUGCCAUUAAACAAUCAGCAGAAGACUUUACUUUGAGAAAAUAUUUCAUUCCAGCAAAGACUUCUAUUUUGACUUCAAUCCACGCGGUUCAUCGAUUGGAAAAAAAUUUCAAAAAUCCAGAUGAAUUCAAUCCGGAUCGAUUUUUGGAUGAAAUUAGCAAUGAAGAACGAAGCCCGUAUACUUACCAACCAUUUUCAGCUGGACUUCGGAAUUGCAUUGGACAACGAUUCGCCAUGCUCGAGAUGAAAACUUUGCUAAUUCAAGUCCUCAGUGAAUAUAAAAUUCAUCUUGGAACGAAAAAUUUCGAAAUUGACUUACGAGAAUCGACUUUACUCUUUUCACGCAACGGAGUGAACGUUAAAUUCGAAAAACGUAAAAAAUAAAAAUUUAUUUAAAUUUUAAUUUUUCGGGACAAAUUUUACCUAAAUUCAAAGCUUUCAUUAAAACUUUCUUCAAUUUUUAUCAUUUUUCACCAAAU